AUGGGGAAAAUAGAAAAUGUUUUGAAUUUGAGACCACAAGGAGCAUUGCCAAAUGACACUGAGAAUUCAAGAUCACAAGGAAAGGAGCUGUGCAAGGCUAUCACUCUUAGAAGUAGAACCCAGCUUGAUGACAUUGCUCAAGAUGCCACAACACGAGAGGAUAACUCCAAUAACAACCAUCUCCACAUCAACAUACCAGUAGUUGAUGCUUUGGAGAAAAUGCCCAAUUACGUGAAAUUUAUGAAAGAUAUAUUGUCAAAAAACCUCAUAUUGGGAGAACUUGAGAUUGUCACUCUCACUAAAGGGUGCACAACAAUGUUGACGAAUAAAUUACCUCCGAAGCUGAAAAACCCAAGGAGUUUUACUAUCCCAAGUUCAAUUGGAAAUCAUUAUGUUAGCAAGGCAUUAUAUGAUCUAAGAGCGAGUAUAAAUCUAAUGCCUAUGUCUAUUUUCAAGAAACUAGGAAUUGGAAAAUCAAGACCUACUGCGGUUACAUUGCAACUGGUUGAUCGAUCAUACGUGCAUCCAGAUGGUAAAAUUGAAAAUGUGCUUGUAAGAGUAGAUCAAUUUAUUUUUCCUAGGGAUUUCCUUAUUUUAGAAUGUGAAGUUGACCAAGAUGUGUCAAUUAUAAUUGGAAGACCUUUUCUUGCUACUGGCAGGAUGUUAAUUGAUGCGUAG